UUAAUUAAGUUGUUUUCGAAAAUUUCUUGAAAAUGUCGGUGACGCCAACGGUUUUGUUGGUAAUUUUGAGUGUUUUUCAUGUAAAAGGGAAAGUUUGGAACGAGUUUGUGGAGGAAAUCGGGGAUUAUCUUGAUAAUAUUCGAGGGAAAUAUUCGCCUAUUAAUAACGAUGAGUUUUUUAAGGUCGAAAAUCACUCAGAUGUUGAUGUAGUUGAUUACGGCUCAUUCGACUUCAUAGUAGUCGGAGCAGGUGCUGCCGGCUCCGUCCUAGCAAACCGCCUCACCGAAGAAUCAUUCAGCGUCUUACUCCUCGAAGCAGGAGACGAGGGCGCAGACUUCCUCACCAUCCUCGGACUCUCCACGUUUACGACCAACUCCAAAUGGAACUGGGGCUACACCACCACCACCCAGAGCAACUCCUGCUACAAUAUGCCGAGGCAAAAGUGCAUGUACACGAGGGGCAAAGCGUUGGGCGGCAGUACUGUGUACUCCGGAAUGUAUGUGAGAGGCAACGCCCGUGAUUAUGACAAGUGGGAGGCCUUGGGAAACCCUGGAUGGUCCUACAAGGAUUGUUUGCCUUACUUUAAGAAGUCCGAGAGGGCUCAGUUCGAUCACGUGAUCGAUAAGGAGUACCAUGGGUUCGAUGGGGUGCAGGCCAUUGGAAUACCACCUGAUACCGAAGGCCUCACCACCAAGCUACUAGAGGCGGCAAAAUACAUCAACAAAUCGGUCAUAGACUUUAACGGCGCGAGUCAGGACGGUAUUGGCAGAUGUCAAUUCUAUGUGGAUUUCAACAGGAGAACGAGCGGCAACUACGCCUACAUACAACCGGUGAUUAACAGGACAAACCUGAACGUGACCAUAGAGGCCCUAGUGACGAAAAUUUUACUUGAUCCAGACCAAAAAACGGCCCAAGGGGUGGAAUUUUACAAAAAGGGCCAAAGGUACAUGGCGAAGGCCAAUAAAGAAGUGAUCGUCUCCGGUGGAGCCAUAAACUCACCCCAGCUGCUCAUGCUAUCUGGAAUUGGCCCCAAAGAAGAGCUGGACAAGCAUAACAUUGAGGUUGUAGAAGAUUUACCUGUUGGCAAGUACUUGUCUGACCAUAUGUCUUAUACGGGGAUCUGCUUUAGUACAAAUCAGACGUUUUACAAUAACUCCUUGCUGCAAAAUCUGGAGAGGUGGAAAAAGGGACUGAGGACCUUAACCGAGAGCGGUCGUAUCCAGACGGUUGGUUUCGUCGGUUUCGACGAGGAGGAGGGGGUGCCUUUAGUGCUGUUCGCUUUGGCACUAGGAGGUGUUGGGGGAUAUAUGGAUCCGCCUCCGGAUCAGCAUACUGACGCCCUUCACACCUACAACCCCUUAACCCAGGUGUGCGCCGCACUGAUCCUAUUGCAACCAAAAUCUGUGGGCGAGGUCACCCUGAAGUCAAACGACCCAAGGGAUUUUCCAAACAUCAACCCCAACUAUUUGACUACGCCUUAUGAUUUUUACGCUUACAAUAGCGGGAUCCAGGAGGUGAUUAAACUCCUCGAUUCCGAGGUCUUUAGGUCAUGGAAUGCCACACUGAACGUCCCGAGAUUGCCCCACUGUGAUAACGAAUAUCACAAAUUAACCACGGAAUGGUGGUUUUGUAACUUGGUGGAUAUGGCUGGACCGGGGUCGCACCCUAUAGGUACGACAAGGAUGGGAACUGAUCCGAAGUACUCAGUGGUUACUCCAGAGCUGAAAGUUCACGGGUUUAAAAACUUGAGGGUUGUGGAUGCCGGGGUGAUUCCCCAUCAAACUUCGGGAAACAUGAACGCCCCCACUGUGAUGAUUGCCGAGAAGAUUUCAGAUGUUAUUAAGAAAGCUUGGAGCUCUUAAGGAUUGUUUUAAUUAUAAUUUAUUAAUUAAUAUACGUUAUAAGUACCACCUGAA